GCGCCAACGCCAAUCCAUGGACCGGUCAAGACACCUGUGACAAUAACAAGACCGAUUUGAAGCAGAUGACAGAGGCCUAUUGCUAUUCUCGUUGGCAGCUGAACGAGCACUGAAGGCGCGGAUUGCGAUAAGAGACGUGGUCCUUAUCUUCAACAAAGUUGCUGUCGUUAUCGUGAUUGAGGACCGGUGAAUGGAUAACUAACUUUAGAAUUGAUUGUUACUUCUGAGGUAUGGUGCUUAAGGUGUACUUAACCGAAGGUGAAGUUAUUAGGUUUCUUUUUUCGACCUUAACUGAAACGAAAGUGGCGACGUAUUUUUUGGGGGGGGGGAACAAAUAAUGCUCUGUUUAGGGUACAAAUUGAGAGCUCUCUAGCGUUAGAGUCCCAGUAUUGAUAUGCUAACAAUCUUGAUAGAGAAUUGAUGUUCAUCUGUGAGAAGAAAAUCUUGGAAAAUGAAGCGUUAAAAAACUGGUCCAGUUUUUGUUUCACUCAUGUUUCACGCACUCAAGAUGGUUGGAAUGGCAGCAUGUGGAACCUUAAAAUUGGACAAUAUACGAUUUCAAAACUUGCAUUUUUCUUUCUUUUACCAUAUCACUUUAAUCGGAUAUCUUUCCCAUUAAUGGCCAUAGUAUCCCUACACACAAACUUUCGUGAUUUGUCAGCAGAGUGGACGGAAAAGUCUUGAAUAAACACAGACUUUUUUUUCUCCACUGAUUCGACUCAUCUUUAAGUUAUUCCAUGUUUUUGGCGAAAUGUGUCAAUGUACUUUUGAGGACAUGCUAAAUCAAUUUUUCUUGCCAAGACUAACUCAGCAACAAAGUGGCACCGUAAGGCAAUUCUUUUUCCCAAUUGAAGGACGGUUUUUUCCUUUUAAUAGUUGGCGAUGAAGCGAUUGUCACUUUUUCAAAAAAGAAACGGUUAUGAAAAAAACAAUGGGGUAUUCAUCUUACUCAAGCUUUUAUUUCGCAACAAAGGUAACGCCUGUGAUAAAAAAAAGAAUCCAACUAUUACAUUCACGUACACUGAUUUUGGGGGGGCUGUUGGGGGGUUUCCAAAAAUCUUUCCAAUAAUAUUCUUUUUGAUUAACAGCAUGCAGUAAACGUUUUCAAGUUGGUGUCAUCAGCUUCAAAAGCCAUCGCCAUCUACCGUUCAAAGCUCUUGAAAUGUGGCUUGUUUAAAAAGCCAAACUUGACACAAUUUCGGACGAAUUUUUUUCCUAAUUUCCAUCCAGUGUGAUCAACGAAUGAGUUUUAGUAUUCUGAGUCCAACAUUGAUGUUCUUCAAAACGUAAAAUUGUUUUCCUUUGAAUUUAUGGACUGAGUAGGACAAGGGAGUCCCCCAAGGGAAGUUACAUAGCUUGGAGAAACAGGGAAGACAAUAUAAGGACCAACUUUGUUGAGCAUGUUUGGCUCCAAGCCCACAUUGCACUUUCAGUCACUAAAGAUCCCAAACUCUAACGUUUUGUAACUCUCAGUCAGACCAUCAGAUACCAGAGCAAAAACAAAAAAACAAAUUGCGUAAUUCUAAGAAACAAUGAACAAUUUUGUGUUGACGAGUCCGGCCAUUUUCUCCAAAAUCAAGUAAAAGACUCGAGUGCACUCGGACUCGAGUCCGGACUCGCCCCAGCACUACUAGUAACCUCUUUUGAAGCAUUUGCUGAACUCAUUGUCAAUUCCAAGCGGAAAUUCCGAGUUCGCCCUCCACCUUCUUUCUGCCUCAUUGAAUGUUUUCAAGACCCUCGGACCUUUUUGAGACAUGAAUCUUCUUCUUAACACCGGAUGUCGAGGCAAAACGGGCUCACGUUCGAAACACUCUGAAAACGAAACGGAAACAACCAACUAGAGUGUGAAGCAUAGCUUUUUUAAGAGCAUCCAUCUGAUUGUGAACAUGGCUCCCUCACCUAGGAGAGCUGAAUCGAAUAUUUUGGGGGUUGGAACACGAGAGCUGGUCCUUAGUGUCAUCACGUUGAUUUUGGGGGCAAUCAACAUAUCCGUGAUCGGGUACAACUUUAGCUACUACAAGGGCACUUGGAGGAACAAUCUCUUUCAUUCGGAGCUGGCCUUUCUCAUCAUCUUCAGCUCGAGUUUCAUCUUGACCUCUAGCCUCGUCAUUGCGGAUUUUUUUUCUUUGCCACAAAGCAGAGUUCAUGCGGUGAAUCAUUUGGUGGGCAACAUCAUCUGUGGAAUUUUGUCUGCUAUCGCAUCCCUGACCCUGGUCAUUCAGCUCUGUUCAUAUGGUCGUUUCUUGGUCAACGCCUACGAGUUGAAAAUGAUCAGCGCCAGCCUGGGCCUGCUCCAAUCGGGCCUGAAUCUACUGACCGCGGGGGCGGUUUAUCCAUCCUUAGCUAACCCGUGAUUGCCCUGGGCCCGAAUAAAUCAAAUUGACCUACCU